AUGACUAGGAUCAGAUCGAGAUCCCUGGCCAGAGCUGCACAUCAGGAGGCUGAUUUCAUCAGCCAACUCCCUGAUGAAGCUUUGUCCUUCAUUAUUUCUAAGCUUCCGAUAGACGAAGCUAUCAGGACAAGCGUGCUUUCAAAAAGAUGGAGGAGAUUAUGGCGUUUCACUCCCCAUCUUGAGAUUGACGGGAAGCGAAUGAUAAUGCCUUUAGCUCAAAGAGAAAACCCAUUAGAAGCACAGGAUCCUUAUUCACAACUUAGUAGGGCCUUGAAUCGAGGUCUCACGCGCUAUGGUCUGAGGAUUUCUGUCAUUUUGAUUCGUCACUCUGGUGAUUUACCGAGCUGUCGAUUCAUCCAUUUUCCAUAUAGUAUUGCUCGAGAGGAAGUGGUGUGCUGGGUUAAACUGGCAAAGUUUAAAAAAGUGAAAAAUUUAAGCCUAGAAUGUGAGUUUUUUGACAUGGGAACAAUCGAAAAUGUUCUUGACAUUUAUGAAGCUGUUGAGAGGAGAUCAAAACCUGAUUUCCCUCCGGGGAUUUUCUCAGGUUUGUUUUCGCUCCAGUUGAUUCACUAUACACUGAGUAGUCCAGAACCAUUUGUGGGAUGUGAAAAUCUCAAAACCUUGAUUCUGAAGAAUAUUUACAUAGACGAUGAAACCCUAGAAGGAAUUCUGGAGAACUGUCAGGGGUUGGAGAAUUUUAGUCUCCUUGAGUCUUAUGGGUUUGGAAAACUUCAAAUCCAUAAUCCCAAUUUGAAGGUCUUGCAACUGAGUGUAUUAGAACUUGAUGAAAUAGUUGUUUUUGCUGAGAGGCUUGAGGUUUUACUAUUUGAUUCUCUAGCUUAUCCUGGGAGUUUGAAAAUUUAUUCUCCAAGCCUAAGGGUUAUCCAUUCUUACAGCAACUCGAUGCUUGGACAAAUGUUUGCAUUGUCUGCAGGGAAACAAGUUCUCAAAGCUUCCGAACUUCUUGGUAAUUAUCGUCAUUUUUGGGAUUCUAGGAGCAAUUUUUUCCUGAGUUUGUCAAAGUUCUCCAUUGACAUGGAUUUAAAUGAUGUACAAGAUUGUCGUUUGAUUUCAACCUUCAUGAAAUUAUGCACCCGUCUUGAAACUCUUGAAAUUACGUUACCGGUUCACAAUGAUAUGACCAAUAGAGGUAUUUACUGGGAUCUUCGGGUUGCUUGUAAUUGUGUCCAUGACCAGUUGAAGUUUGUGUAUCUCAGGGGUUUCAAAGGAAAUAAUCAAGAAUUUGAAUUCUUAAAGCACAUAAUAACAAAGGGUAGGAAAUUGGUGAGAAUUACAAUUAUAUGCAGGCAACCAAUAGAAGAAGAAAGACUGCUGACUCUUAGCAAUGCUUCCCCAAAACUUUCCAUCGUUUUGAAGCUCAAAAUACACAGUGCUGAACUUGAGCUCCAUGAGAUCCAAAACAGGGCGCUAAUAAGUUAUAAUUAA